GGGCGCUCUGAUUGGUCUGUUCCCUCAGCCAAUCAGAGACGCUCUUGUAGGCCGGCUGGUUUGUGCCCAUGUGUGUUAGCCACUAGCUACCGGGAGCUAACAGGAAAACAUGCUGCGUCGCGAGGUGAGGCUGAGGCGGGAGUACCUGUACAGGAAGGCGCAGGAGGACCGGCUCCGGACCAUCGAGGAGAAGAAGCAGAAGCUAAAAGGAGCGCUUGAUGAGAAUCGCCUUCUCCCCACUGAGAUACGUAAAGAUGCCCUGCAGCUCCAGAAACUCCUGGAAUAUGACGAUGAAGGAGCAGAAGGCGUCAGCUCGCACAUGGACGACGAGUACAAAUGGGCCGGAGUGGAGGAUCCUAAAGUGAUGGUCACGACGUCCAGAGACCCCAGCUCCAGGCUGAAGAUGUUCGCCAAGGAGGUGAAGCUGAUGUUUCCUGGCGCUCAGCGCAUGAACAGAGGAAACCACGAGAUCAACGCGCUGGUCCGAGCCUGCAAAGCCAACAACGUCACAGACCUGGUCAUCGUGCACGAGACGCGAGGGCAGCCCGACGGCCUGGUGGUCUGCCACCUGCCGUUCGGCCCCACGGCUUAUUUCACGCUCUACAACGUGGUGAUGAGGCACGACGUUCCCGACAUCGGCACCAUGUCCGAGGCCUUCCCGCACCUCAUCUUCCACAACUUCUCCUCCCGGCUCGGACAGAGGGUAUCGAAUAUCCUCAAGUAUCUGUUUCCCGUCCCGAAGGACGACAGUCGGAGGGUCAUCACAUUCGCCAACCAGGACGACUUCAUCUCCUUCAGACAUCACACCUACAAGAAAACCGACCAUAAAAAUGUUGAGCUGACAGAAGUGGGGCCUCGGUUUGAGAUGAAGUUGUACAUGAUCAAACUGGGCACGCUGGAGAACGAGAGCGCGGCGGACGUGGAGUGGCGUCUCCACUCGUACACGCGCACGUCCAAGAAGAGGAGGUUCCUCAGCGUGCAGUGAGAGACCAAACCCAACUAAAACACACCGCGCCACAGCUUCUGAACAUCUGGAAUGAUGAACAUCGAGAUGCAAACAGCCGUACGUUUCUGUACAGCUCGGGUAGAAACCUUGAAGUCCCUCUGUGUGGUGACCAGCAGGCCCAGAAUUAGACCACACACACACACACACACACACGCACACACACGCACACACACGCACACACACACACUGCUCACAUCAUACUCAGUGUGUAACAACUAUUCUUGUAUUUCUUAAUAAAAGUGUUUGUACUGA